AUGGAUGGUACCAGCGCGAAUGGACCAGGACGGGGGAUCGAACGGCAACAUGUUGAUGAUACGCUCUCAACCACCGCCUCCCUCGCACCAUAUAAUAACGGAAACCAUUCAAAUGGACCUUCCCAUGCGAAAGAUGCGGCCUGUCCCUCCAACCCCAAAUUUGAUGACUUUCUGCCGCCAGAACUGGUGCAUAUCACCCAGGGGUUUUUCCCUCUGGGUCAUCUCAUCAACAGGGCCACUCAACAAUGCUGGAAUGACCUAACUGAUCUAAUAACAGAGUUGGCGAAUCCGCAAUCAACCGCGACUCAUGCUACUGCUGGCCCCGUAACCACAACCAACGGCAAAUACACCCUCAGUCCAUCCUCCGCGGAAAAUGCACAAAAGAAACUUCGUAUCCUCGAAUUUGCCCAGGCGAAGCGGGCUGAUUUCAUCAAGAUUCUUGUUCUUUCUCAAUGGAGUCGACGGGCAGCCGAUGUUAGCAGACUCAUAGACAUUCAAGCUUUUAUUCGCAUGCGGUACGAUUUCUAUAAUGGCGCAAUUUUGUCCAUUGGUGAGAUGAAGAGAGAUUUGAUCAGGGCGCAGACAGCGAACCCUGAUCUUGCGAUGGCGCUGGAGGUUUUAGCAACUGGGAGGGUGGCUGCUAUUCAAGAGCGUUCGUUCGUUCCACCAAAACCUUUAACGCCAAAAAAGAUGCUUAAAACACUGAAGAAAAUCAAUAAGACGAUUCGGACAAGAUUAGUACUGCACGACCAGAUACCCAGAGCAUUCACAAAUUAUGUGGUCCAUGAUGGUAGAGUCACUUUUAAGGUUCCGACCGAGUUUGAGGUUGAUCUCUCUAUUGCGCAAGAGAGUCAUUCCUCGCAAUUUUUCUUCGUCGAUAUUCGAUUUUUAUUCUCCCCUUCACCUCCAAAACCAGCUGGAAGGCUUUUGGAUGAGCUGGAUAACAGAGUGAAUGCCAUUCUCAUGCACUCAGGCCUUACAGGAUGCUAUAACUUGUUGCAUAAUUUGAUCUUAUCGAACAAAAUCACCAUACUGUUUCACCAGGCUGUCGAGCUAGCUCGGGAACACUGGCUUGAUACUCUACGUGUGGAGGUUUUGCACCGCACUCUUGUCGUGCAGUAUUGGAUCAAUAGACCCGGACCGAAGAGCUGGAUCGAAAUCGGUGUAAAAGGCGGUCGUCGCAAGGAGCAAACACAUGAUGGAUCGAUUACUGAAUCGCCAUUUCUUGGCUUGAGGUGGAUGAGAGAUAACAAGGAAGUGGAGUCUAAAGAUAUCAAAUUGGACCCGGAGCUUCUUUCCAUGGAAACUAUCCUUUGCAGUGUUACUGCCUUACAUAUAUCUUUCUUGCUUCAAUCUACAUACACAAAAUUAUCGCAAGAGCGUCUAUACGCCAGCGGAGCUCUUUCCGUUGGCUUGCAAACAUCUAUUAAUGAGCCAGGCAACUGUUUCCUCAAUGUUCAGCUUACAAAGGGCAGAAGCCUUAGAGUGAUGAUUGAACCGGUUUCUGGCGCCAUCAUCUUCCGCCCUACCCCUCUGCUGCUCAACCGCUAUGAUAUUGAUCGAAGCUUUGAAAGACCCAUUAUUGACGAUAUACUCUUCCGUAUCUCCCGCAUUCGGUCGACAGCUGUGAUAGAGGAGGUUGAGUCACUUGCCACUGCUCUUGGCUGGGAGACGGUGAACUCACGCGAUAUCAAAAACGAAGAUCUUCGGCGCAUUUUCCCCUCGAACAUCCUUCGAUCAGUUCUGUUCUUUCGCAAAUCCUGGGAGUGCAAUUAUGGUAUCGCGUAUACCUGCAGCAUGGAUGGAGAUAAUUGGUGGGUAGUCGAAUUGCGUGCGCCAUCGAGGGAUAAAGGCCCCUUUUCUCCCCAAUCGGCUCGCAUGGUUACUGGCCGCUUUGGCGGCUUGCCGGAGCGGUUAAACUACGCCUCCUUCAGCCAACUAGAUUAUGCUCUCUCGGGGAUGCUCGCCAUUCACGUCAACGCUUGUUAUCUCUCAGAAGUCCAUGGAAUUCAUUACUUCCCUCCCGUACGGAACCUCUCUCUUGGCCCGCAUCUCCAGGUACCAAGUAUCUUUAUACGGUUCCGCAGCGGCUCUCUUCCUUCUGCACUACGAAUAUCUCCCUCCAUUACAGCCGACAAGAACCCCACAGUUAGAGACACAGUUCGUCUCUCGUUCAGGGGAAUCCAUCCAUCCUCACAAUGCGCCAUACUCCUAGCGCACGGGAAUCUUUCAAGAGAAAUAAAAGAUCUAGCUCUCUUAGCCGUGCAUUUAGAUCCCACUAUAACGUUCCAACCCAAUGGUCGGGGUUUUGCCAUGCGCUUUCUCACCCCCGUCGGCAAACCUAUGAUUAUCCAACUUCUUGCCCGCCUCCAACAACUGGAGCACGUAAUUUCUACCCUCGACACCUUAAAGCAAAAGUCCCUGAAGCUGUUGUCCGUUUCUCUCUCCAAAAUAAAAUUUUCAUACGCCGCAGAUGAAGGCGCACGCGCCAUUAUCAAUUUUAACUAUCACGAACAAUCCAUAGAAUCUGACAUCGAUUCUGUCACACUGUUAUCAAGACAAGCCCCUCUCAUGCUUUUACGCAUGAGUAUUGAUUUCCACCCACAAAACCCUCACCGACGCAUCAAAGAAUCAUUGACAUCUACGCUUAAUGGCCUGCGUCCGGGAGCUAGAGCAGGAGCCGGGUUAGAGGCCGUCCUAAAGUUGCUCGUCAUCACGCGACCAAUUCUCCAAGCUCUGGAGCGCAUAUCUACCGGUUCACGCAGCAAUCUUCCUGGAAAUUCCGGAGUCCAAAUUACCACUCGAAGCUCAAAGAUCUUCCAUCUCCGCUACCCUUCCCUCCGAUACCGCUUCUGCAUCCAUGCAGGCCUACGAAGAGAUCGAGUCGUGUGGGUUCUACGGGACAUGACUACCAUGUCAGACAAAACCGGUCGAGAGGCCGUGGAACUCAAGUUGAAGGAGCAGAUAUUUGGUGCCAGUGGAGAUGGGUGGCAGGGUCUGGGCAAUGGUGCUAUCGCCGACUGCGAGAAGAUCGGAAACCUCGUCUCCACCCUGCAUGGGGUCUUGACGGAUUAUAUCUCAUCGGAAACAGGUGGCCGUUUGGGCAUGAAUCCUCUGGGAAAGCGGAAUGGGGGCACUGGUACUGACCUUGACCCUGGCCCUGGUGGAAGUAGCGGUGGCAGUGACGACGUCGGCUUGUGA